AUGACGAACCCAUACGCGCCCGACGAGACUUCCGCUGAAAUCUGGUUUGAGCAGGCCAACAAUGCCGCCGUAUACAUUGGCGCAAUUGCGUAUGGCGUGCACAUCGUCAUCUACUUCAUGUGCGCAUACUACCUGAUCAAAGAGAGAAAGAAGAACUUCUGGCAGUGGCUCAUUUUCGUUACUAUCCUAUUCGCUAUGGCCACCGGCAACAUCUGUGUCAACAUCCAUUUCAACGAGAUGGCAUGGAUCGACGACCGCAACUAUCCCGGCGGCCCGCUGGCAUUCCUGCUGGAGGAGCAAUCGAACGCGAUCAACACCGUCGGAAAUUCGUUGUCAUUCGUGGCGACGUUCUUGGCCGAUGGAUUGUUGCUGUACCGCGUCUACGUUGUCUGGCAGAAAUGGUACAUCGUGGUCAUACCCUUCCUGAUGUGGUUGGCAGCGACAGUGCUCUCCGUAUUUACCACCAUCCAAGCGGUGCGACCCAACUCCAGCCUGUGGGCAAAUAACACCCUCAAUGUCUCUGUUCCCUACUGGUCUAUUGCCAUUGCACUCAAUAUCUCGCUAACGUUACUACUCAUCUCGCGCCUGCUGUACAUGCGCCACCUCAUCCGCAAGCAGCUUCCAGGCGAGGGAAAGCUGUACGCAGGUGUGGCGACGAUGAUUCUCGAGUCCGCCCUUCCAUAUUCUAUCGUUUCCGUCGUCUUCAUCAUCCUGUAUGGGCUGCAGCUCACCGCGGAAGACCUGUUCAUUCCGUUGCUUCUGCAAGUUGCGUGCAUCGCACCCGAGUUGAUCAUCCUCAGAGUCACCCGUGGGCGCGCGCUGACGAGCGAGGCGAUCACUAACGCAUCCAGCAUGAGGUUCCACAGCUCCGGGCCGUACGCGAGCACAGGUGUGACUUCAAGCUCCGCGCCUACGGGACAAGGAGCAGAGGAGCUGGGAAUGAUCACAUUUAAGACAGGCUCGAGUCCGGUCCUGGAGGACAAGGACUCGCCGAUAACGCUCAUUCGUAGUGAGGAGGUUUGA